AGAACCAAGUCAUUUAUCUAACGAUGUCUUGAUGUGAACUUUGGACGUUAUAAUGACAGCGUGCGUGAGAAAGCCAUUCGAGUACACGAGCUGAGGUCUUCUUAUCUAUAUAUAGGGUUAACCCAAAACCGUUUCGAUCACGACUUAGAAAGCAUUCGCACCCGACUGUUUACCCGUGAUACAUCAUGGCCGCCACUGCUCCACUUCUGAUGCGGAUAAUUUCAUCCUCUGUUGCUGUUUCAAAGCGAGCAGGAUUAGUUAUUAGAGAUAUUCUCAGAAAGGGAGAUUUGGGGAUCGUCGAGAAGGGCAAGAAUGACCUGCAGACAGAAGCUGACAGGUCAGCUCAGCGGUGUAUCAUUGCAUCAUUGCACAGACAGUUUCCUAAAGUCGCCAUUUUUGGAGAAGAGCAACUGGAUCCAGCUGAGAAGAUCCCAGAUGACUUCGUCGAGACCGACAUGGAUGAAGAGGUCCUCAAGUUGGAGUGUCCUGAAAACCUGACCAACGUCCAGGAUGAUGAUAUUGUCAUUUGGGUGGACCCGUUGGAUGGAACAUCAGAAUUUACAAUAGGUCUGCUGGAUCAUGUGACAGUGUUGAUUGGUGUAGCAGUCAAGGGCAAGGCGGUUGGAGGAGUGAUAUAUCAGCCGUAUCACAAUUACCAGCUGGGGGAUGAAAACAACUUUGGGCGAUGUAUAUGGGGAAUUAUUGGUCUAGGAGCUUAUGGCUUUACAAAACAGAUGCCCCCAAAAGAUCAAAACAUCAUAACUACAACAAGAUCACACUCUACUAGAACUGUUACCGAAGCAGUAGAAGCAGUGGAGCCAACAGAGGUGGUGCGGGUAGGAGGGGCAGGGCAUAAGGUGCUGCUUCUGAUAGAAGGGAAAGUCCAUGCAUAUGUGUUUGCCAGCAAGGGCUGCAAGAAGUGGGACACCUGUGCCCCAGAGGCCGUGCUUCAUGCGAUAGGGGGGUCCCUGACAAACAUGCUGGGGGAACCCAUCUUGUACCAUCGGGAUGUUCAAAGGAAGAACUCCGAGGGGGUUCUGGCUACAUUAGCCAAUCAUGAGUGGUAUCUCAAUAAGAUACCCGAGGACAUUAAACAAGAGUUCCGACCAGAACCACCUGUCAGUGGUGACAGUGGAAGCAAGAUUUAGAACAUAGGAACACUUUAUAGGCUAUUAUUUGAUUAGGCAGCUGUGUAUUUUAAGCAUUCUAUAGAAAUCCUAGAAACCAGUUGUACUUGUAAAAAUCAAAAUGGUGAUGGUAGGAUUAAAAUAUUUCAAACUCAAAAUGGUUUCCUUUGUUGUUUAAUGGUGCUUAAAAUCAGAAUCUGAAUAUGUUAUUUGUAGAGGAAGUAAUUGUCAGUAUUGUGAUACUUGUAAAUUCUUUGAUACCUGUAAAAUGUUUUGUCAGGACAUUAUUUUUGUGAUAUUGUCUAAGGGCGUCUUUCAAUAGCUAACUUGUGAGUAUGACAUUUACCUCACCGCUGAAAUACCAAUGGCAACGACCUUCAUGACCCGUCUCUGGAGCAGGAUAUUGUUAUGAAUUUAGAAUACAAUGAUGGGUAGAGACUAUAUUACAAAAUAGAUCAGCAGGCAUUUUUUAGGUGGCCCUGUGGCAACAGUGUUGGCUUGCCCUGAUGGUAGAUCCGGUUUAGUUUCUUGUCCUUAGGCAUCAUUCAACAUCUGGUGUUCCUACCUGCUAUACCUGGCAAUGAUGUUGAUAGCGCAUAGGGUUUUUAGAGAAGAAAGUUUGUAUUUUUCAUAUUGCAUUUUUAGAUGUGUAUAGCAAAUGAUGUUUAGUAGACGGUUGCCUUUGAUAAGCCCUUGCUGACGGAUAUGUGGAUAUCACAUAAGAACAUUUGUAUUCAAGCACAGUUAUUUGUUAUGAUCAUACUGUUUGUUAAGCAGAGCUUUUAUAGUGGUACUAGGUAUGACAAUCAAAAAUAUAUGGUACCUGCUUUAGUUGCACAAAAUAGAUGGUACUUUUGAUACCACAGUUCCUGCAGUUAUUAUAUACCAAAAGUUUGUAAAUGUUAUAAGUUUAAUGUUGUUAGUUUUGCCUUCUUAAGAUGUGCAUAGAUGAAAGAUUUAAUAUUUACAUAUAUAUUUUCUAUCUAUACGCAAUACUCUUGUAAUGAAGACAUGGAGACAAAGGUAUAUCCCUGUAAAACAUUGGAUGAGAAGCCAUGUGAUUAAAUACUCCAAAGAUGUGGGAAUUUCAAAGAGAGCAGAUUUCUUCUGUGUGGAGAACAACCUUGGUUUGUAGCACACAGCUGCAGGAAAUCAGGAGUUGUGAAGAUGGAUUCAUAAACGAGUCUCUGUAUGGAUGUUGGUUUGAUACAUUCAGCUUUAUCAUGUUUAUGUAUCCUGGCCAGUAAUCACUCGUGUAGUGUCGUAUCACAAGCAUGUAUCACAAGACUGUAUCAUGUCUCACCGGUUGUACUGAGGGGACAGAUUCUCACACCUUACAUUCAGUUUCAGAUGAAUUCAUGGUAAAACAUUGUGUGUUUUUAGAUUUGCAAGUUUUAUUAAGUAUACUAUAAGUUGAAAUUUUAACAUUUGAAACCUGACUAACAAUGUCAGUUCCAAGUGAAAGAACAUUUAUAAACACUGUAAACAGUCAAACACAAUUUUAUCAGUAAGUUUCAAUUCUCUCUCUCUGUCUUUCCAAAUAUUGCCUACCAUUAGGCUCUAAAAUCGAAUAGGUUCUGUUUUAUGGUCUUGUUUAGUGUUGUUUAGCCUUGUCUGACCUAGUGAUAAAUACCCCGGUAUAAAUGAAGUAACUGAAAGAACCAGCAUAAAUAAAUUACUAACAUCAAUAUUUUAGUUAACAUGGUGGGUUCAAAGCAUUUUAGAAUUGUCUGGGACUGGUUGAGGGAAUGAGUGUGUGAGAGACCCCUCAGAUAAAUGUAACACCCAGUGCUAUGAUAUAUGAAAUGACAUAACCUCACUACAUAUAUAAUAUCACUGCCUAACUGUAUCUCACCCUAGUGCUAUAACCCAUACUGUUGCUUGUACAUCCCGUAGUUUCAUCUCAACUAUAUAUGUUAAUUUGUGAUGUAGUGUUACUAAAAUUUCAUGUAUUUUAAGGUUACAACUUACAUUGUUUUAUGCAGCCUGUAUAACUGUCGCACUUCUUCUCAGAAUAUGUCUCUGUGUACAUUUUAUUGAAUACAUACGGUAUGUCUUAAUUCUUGUGUGCAUAAUUCAUUUACAUUACAGUUUUUUUCCAACUGAAAGACUGAUUCCAGCACAAUGUAUAUCUGAGCAUUGGCUGGUUACAUUUUUUUAACAUUCCAUGUGAUUUUGUGCUGCAGAUUUAAUGUAGUGUUAGAUGUUGAAACAAAUAACACUCACUACCUUUAGUCACUAUGAGCUCAGGGCUUUGACAGUGUCAUCAAACUUGUCUAUUUCCGUUGUGUUUUCCUUAUUUUAGAUAUCGAAUUGUUUCAUUGUGAUUCUGUUUCCAGUUUCAAACUCCCAACAUGUUUAUGCCAAACCUAGAUCUAUUUUUAUUCCUAUCAAUGUACAUGGUGACCAAAUAUAUUUCUAGAUUAAUACAAAUGCUCAAAGGAUAAUUUAACUAUGGAAAAUAAUAAAUUUUGAAAACCAGGUAAUCCAAACCAUGAUUAUUGAAAACCUUUUUGGGAGAACCAGUUUAUUUGCAUUUUAUAAACAUGAAAUUUGUCAAUGCUUUUCAGUCCUGCCAGUCCAUAAUCACCUGUCACAAACCAAUCUUUAUUGACCCAAAUAUGACUUUCAUCUCACUCGUCCACUCUCUUUUGUUAGGACUUUCCUUGGAGGCCAUUUAGUAAUGAACUGCAAUUUACAUCAUUUCCUUGUUUGUUGUGAAGAUAUCUUUUCAGAAGUGGGUAAUUUGAAAAGACACCAACUUAUGUCUGUACAAGAUGUGUUGAUCAUUAAAUUGUAACUUGUGAAACCUGCUUUGUGGGUUAUUGUGUGCUUGGAAAGUCACACAUUUUAGCCAUGUCUCUAGCCGUCUUCCGACUGUGCUCACCGAUCAUACAUGUUUAUACACUUUGUAAUAAUAUUUUGUUAAACACGUUAUGCCAUUUAUUUGUUUCAACUGCAUAUUAAUGUGCCUUUUUUUCAUUUGCUUUUUGUGCACAAUCAUUCAAUAAUGUGCCUUCUUGUCAGUGUUUCAUAGUUAAGCCUGUCGGCAAGUGUUGCAAUGUUAUAAACCAGAAGAUACUUGGUCUGUGACUUGGAGUGUGUAUUUCUGCAAGAACAAUACCAAGGAAGUACCUGCACAUGGUUGUGAACAUAUUUGAUACAAUAUUGUUUCAAAGGAUUGUAUUUUGUCACAAACAUCGGGAGUUUUAGUUUCAAAAUGUUUCCCUUCUUGUGUGUCAAUAUGGACUUAACAUUGGAGUGCCAUUUUACAUAGCAAUUUAUGUAAACAUCUGUCAUGUAUAACCGUGUUUAGGAAAUACUUUUAGAGGAGAAAGAAAUUGAACAUGUAAGACGAUCUUAUGUAAUUGCUUGAAAUGCAUUUGAGAGCUGAUGGGAUCAGUUUUAAUGACGAUAAGAGACGCCUCUGAAGUCUUCCUUGGGAAUAAUUUUCUUUUAUCAUUUCAUACGUGAUCAGUCUUAUAGUUGUAUUUGGGUCCUGUCAUCAUUGUUGCUCUACUCAAGAUUAAGUUUUCAUUUUCUCCAUGUCGUUAAAGAUUUAAUCAAUAAAACGUAGAACUUC